AUGCAAGAUCCGAAAGUACAAGACCACCAUGAAUAUGACCACGGAUAUUCACAAAAUAUUCCGGCAAAGAAAAUUACUGGAAGCAAAAAGAGAGGUUGUUCUGCUGCAAUUUACCUUUGGGAGGUGAUCACCUUUCCCGAUUACAAGCUAAUGAGUGAAUCUCAUCACCACAAGCAACUGAAGUCCCAAGAGCUCAGAACUGUAUUAGAAUCACCUGUGUAUGAUGAUGUCAGAAGGGAAAAGCUCAUUUAUAUUGACCUACCAUCUGAGGACCUUCAUUCCAACCAUAUCAUGGGACAGGCUGCAGAUUUGAAAGCUCCGAUUGACCCCCGCCUCACUGAUAACAUCAAACAAAGGGUCCAUGAUGGCAUUUUUAAUGUCAAUGAAAUGAAGCGACAUUCACAAAUAUUUGUUGAAAGUCUCUUUGCAGAAAAGAUCAUGCCAAAGAGAUUUAAGAGAAGUUUGCUCCUUGUUUACCAAUGGGAUUGGCAACAAAAGCUGCUGAAUAGAUAUGGACAAGAGAUUGUCUUUUUGGAUGCUACUUACAGAACAACGAGGUAUGCUCUGCCACUGUUCUUAUGCAUGCCGACAUUUUUAUUUGUGACUUCCACAGGAAACAGGCUUGGCAGCGGUGGACAUCUGCUAAAUGUUUCAAACAUUCCAAAAUAUGUUGACUUUCCAUCUUUUCAGAAAUGGGUAUGGGCCUUCAGGAACAGCUUGUUGUCAUUUGUUGUAAACACAAACAAUGGUGUAGAAGCUCAAAAUAAGCUGUUUAAAUAUGAAUACUUGGCCCCAUUUAGAGUGAAAGCUCUAAGUGGUCUGAUGUCUACCUUGGUUGACAACUUCUUUGAAGAUGCUCAUCGAAAUAACUUGAGUAAUGCGAGAACAGAUUGUUCCCACUUUGGGGAGACAAUGAUACAGUCAAGUGCUGACUCUUAUGGCAAAUUUUGCAAUACUAGGAACAUGAAACCCAUAUUUGUACUUACUAAUUGCAUUUGUAGGUACCUGGAUGCCAAUGUGACCAUGUCAGCGGGAUGGAGGGAGGGGAUGGAGAACAUUCCCGUGGAAUACCACCAUCGCCCAGCUCCAUUCAUAAAACACAUGAGGGUGCUGGAGCAGAAAUCUGCUGACAUCACUGUAAACAUGGUGACGGAGGUGGAAGGAGGCCUGUAUGAGGUUAAAGCAGAUGGCACUAAACACACUUAUAGUGUCUUCUUGGGUAGUGAGGAAACCAAAUCCAUUCCAUCAUGCACUUGUCGGCAAUUCUGUAAGGUCCAUUUACCUUGCAAACACUUUGCAGCUGUGUUCCGGCAUGUGCCUGGUGUGAGUUGGACUUCACUGCCCAACUUCUACAGGUCUCAUCCAAUCAUCACUGUUGAUGAUGAUUGUGUGAACCUUCUUCCUCCACACACUAAAGCAGCUGAAGAUAUUUCCCCAUCCCAAUCUGCCAUCAACAAUCAUGAUUGCCUUAAACAAGCUACCAUGAUAAAUCCAGUGGAAGAUUCAUCACUGCACCUGGCAAGCAGUGCCAAGUCUGUGAGAGGUCAUUGCUGCAAUACAAGGUCUGACAUAACUGGUAGAUUCUGCAAAGGCUCUGCAGAAAGCCAAAUCAGACUUGCAGAUGGUUGCAAAUGA